AUGACCAUCCAGACCGGCGUUCUGAUCGAGACGCUGGCUGCCCUGGGUGCCAAGGUGCGUUGGUGCUCGUGCAACAUCUUCAGCACGCAGGACCACGCAGCGGCUGCCAUCGCCAAGGCAGGCACUUCCACGGUCUUCGCGUGGAAGGGCGAGACGCUGCCCGAGUACUGGUGGUGCACGGAGCAGAUGAUGACCGUGCCGGGAGCUGAUGGCUGCGACCAGCUGGUGGAUGACGGCGGCGAUGCCACUCUGCUGAUCCACAAGGGCAAGGAGUUCGAGGAGAAGUUCGCCAAGGACGGCAGCCUGCCAGAUCCUUCCAGCACGACCAACGCCGAGUUCAAGUGCAUCUUGCAGUUGCUCAGGGACUCGAUCCAGGUGGACAAGACCAAGUACACCCGCAUGGCGGCCAAGUGCAAGGGUGUCAGCGAGGAGACCACCACCGGUGUCCACCGCCUGCGCGAAAUGGCGGCCAAGGGCGAGCUGCUCUUCCCGGCCAUCAACGUCAACGACUGCGUUACCAAGAGCAAGUUCGACAACGUGUACGGCUGCCGCCACUCCCUGCCGGACAGCAUCAUGCGCGCCACGGACGUGAUGAUCGGCGGCAAGCGUGCCCUCGUGGCCGGCUACGGCGAUGUGGGCAAGGGCUGCGCCUUCGCCAUGCGCGGAGCCGGCGCACGGGUGCUGAUCACCGAGAUCGACCCCAUCUGCGCGCUGCAGGCGUGCAUGGAGGGCUUCCAGGUCGUGACCCUUGAGGAGUGCGUGGGUGAGGUGGACAUCUUCACCUCCGCCACUGGCAACUUCAAGAUCAUCACCCUGGAGCACAUGAAGAAGAUGAAGAACAACGCCAUCGUGUGCAACAUCGGCCACUUCGACAACGAGAUCGCCAUGGAGGAUCUGGAGAAGUGCCCUGGCAUCAAGGUGGAGAACAUCAAGCCGCAGGUGGAUCGCUUCGUCUUCCCGGAUGGCCACGGCGUGAUCGUGCUGGCCUCCGGCCGCCUUGUGAACCUUGGCUGUGCCACCGGCCACCCUUCCUUCGUGAUGUCUUGCUCUUUCACCAACCAGGUGCUGGCCCAGUUGGACAUCCUGGAGAACUGCACCAAGGCUAAGAACUACAAGAACGAUGUGUACCUGCUGCCCAAGAAGCUGGAUGAGAAGGUGGCCGCACUCCACCUGCCGUCCCUGGGUGCCAGCAUGACGAAGCUGAGCAAGGAGCAGGCCGACUACAUCGGCGUGCCUGUUGAGGGGCCUUUCAAGCCGGUGAAGGACAUGGGCCUGGCCGAGUUCGGCCGUAAGGAGCUCACUCUGGCAGAGCAUGAGAUGCCUGGCCUCAUGGCGGCACGCAAGGAGUUCGGCCCCUCGCAGCCUUUCAAGGGCAUGAACAUCAACGGCUCCCUGCACAUGACCAUCCAGACCGGCGUUCUGAUCGAGACGCUGGCUGCCCUGGGUGCCAAGGUGCGUUGGUGCUCGUGCAACAUCUUCAGCACGCAGGACCACGCAGCGGCUGCCAUUGCCAAGGCAGGCACUUCCACGGUCUUCGCGUGGAAGGGCGAGACGCUGCCCGAGUACUGGUGGUGCACGGAGCAGAUGAUGACCGUGCCGGGAGCUGAUGGCUGCGACCAGCUGGUGGAUGACGGCGGCGAUGCCACUCUGCUGAUCCACAAGGGCAAGGAGUUCGAGGAGAAGUUCGCCAAGGACGGCAGCCUGCCAGAUCCUUCCAGCACGACCAACGCCGAGUUCAAGUGCAUCUUGCAGUUGCUCAGGGACUCGAUCCAGGUGGACAAGACCAAGUACACCCGCAUGGCGGCCAAGUGCAAGGGUGUCAGCGAGGAGACGUUGCGGGUCUUGGGUGCGGGGUGUCAGGAUUUCGGAGCGAUUUGUGAAAGUGCGAAGGUUUGCGUGAGGCUUCGGGGUUUUCAUCAUUUUGGCGUGUUGGCUCUGAGCGGGUAUGGUGCCAACCAGCAGGAGACCACCACCGGUGUCCACCGCCUGCGCGAAAUGGCGGCCAAGGGCGAGCUGCUCUUCCCGGCCAUCAACGUCAACGACUGCCGUCUUCGGCCGCAGAAGAAACCACAGCAGGACUGCGUUACCAAGAGCAAGUUCGACAACGUGUACGGCUGCCGCCACUCCCUGCCGGACAGCAUCAUGCGCGCCACGGACGUGAUGAUCGGCGGCAAGCGUGCCCUCGUGGCCGGCUACGGCGAUGUGGGCAAGGGCUGCGCCUUCGCCAUGCGCGGAGCCGGCGCACGGGUGCUGAUCACCGAGAUCGACCCCAUCUGCGCAUUGCAGGCGUGCAUGGAGGGCUUCCAGGUCGUGACCCUUGAGGAGUGCGUGGGUGAGGUGGACAUCUUCACCUCCGCCACUGGCAACUUCAAGAUCAUCACCCUGGAGCACAUGAAGAAGAUGAAGAACAACGCCAUCGUGUGCAACAUCGGCCACUUCGACAACGAGAUCGCCAUGGAGGAUCUGGAGAAGUGCCCUGGCAUCAAGGUGGAGAACAUCAAGCCGCAGGUGGAUCGCUUCGUCUUCCCGGAUGGCCACGGCGUGAUCGUGCUGGCCUCCGGCCGCCUUGUGAACCUUGGCUGUGCCACCGGCCACCCUUCCUUCGUGAUGUCUUGCUCUUUCACCAACCAGGUGCUGGCCCAGUUGGACAUCCUGGAGAACUGCACCAAGGCUAAGAACUACAAGAACGAUGUGUACCUGCUGCCCAAGAAGCUGGAUGAGAAGGUGGCCGCACUCCACCUGCCGUCCCUGGGUGCCAGCAUGACGAAGCUGAGCAAGGAGCAGUCCGACUACAUCGGCGUGCCUGUUGAGGGGCCUUUCAAGCCGGACACGUACCGCUACUAA